GUCCAGGAUGGGGACCAUGUUUGUCUGGGCCUUGGGCCUUUUGAUUCUUCAGAGACUGUUCUUUGUGGCCGGGGAACAGGGCACACGGGACAUCACCGGCGCUGCUGACAAGGGGCUCCACAUGCAGAAAGUGGGGUCUGGGUCGGUGCGGGCCGCUCUGGCGGAGCUGGUGGCCCUGCCCUGUCUCUUCACCCUGCAGCCCCGGCCAGGUGCAGCCCGAUAUGUACCUCGGAUCAAGUGGACCAAGGUGCGGACUGCGUCAGGCCAGCGACAGGACCUGCCCAUCCUGGUGGCCAAAGACAAUGUGGUGCGGGUAGCCAAGGGUUGGCAGGGACGAGUGUCAUUGCCCACCUACCCCCGGCACCGAGCCAACGCCACACUACUGCUGGGGCCACUGAGGGCCAGCGACUCCGGGCUCUACCGCUGCCAGGUGGUGAGGGGCAUCGAAGAUGAGCAGGACCUGGUUCCCCUGGAGGUGACGGGCGUUGUGUUCCAUUACCGGGCAGCCCAGGACCGCUAUGUGCUGACCUUCGCUGAGGCCCAGGAGGCGUGCCGUCUCAGCUCGGCCACCAUUGCAGCCCCUCGGCACCUGCAGGCUGCCUUCGAGGACGGGUUUGACAACUGUGAUGCUGGCUGGCUCUCUGACCGCACCGUUCGGUAUCCUAUCACCCAGUCCCGCCCUGGUUGCUAUGGCGACCGUAGCAGCCUUCCAGGGGUUCGGAGCUAUGGGAGGCGCGACCCAGAGGAACUCUAUGAUGUGUAUUGCUUUGCCCGGGAGCUGGGGGGCGAGGUCUUCUACGUGGGUCCCGCCCGCCGCCUGACACUGGCCGGCGCGCGUGCCCAGUGCCGCCGCCAGGGUGCCACCCUGGCCUCGGUGGGACAGCUGCACCUGGCCUGGCACGAGGGCCUGGAUCAGUGCGACCCGGGCUGGCUGGCCGAUGGCAGCGUGCGCUACCCGAUCCAGACGCCGCGCCGGCGCUGCGGGGGACCAGCGCCAGGGGUGCGCACAGUCUACCGCUUCGCCAACCGGACCGGCUUCCCCGCACCAGCUGCGCGCUUCGACGCCUACUGCUUCCGAGCUCAUCAUCCCACACCACAACACGAAGACCCAGAGACCCCAUCAUCUGGGGAUGAAGGGGAGAUUCUGUCAGCAGAGGGCCCCCCUGGCCGAGAAUUAGAGACAAACCUGGGGGAAGGAGAGUUGGUCACUCCUGACUUCCAGGAGCCUCUGGUGUCCAGUGGGGAAGAAGAGCCCCUGAUCUUGGCAGAGAAGCAGGAGACUCAAGAGACCCCCCAUCCUAGCCCUGGGGACUCCACGCUGGCCUCAUGGCCUACUGAGGAAGUGUGGCUGAGCACGGUGGCCCCCAGCCCCAGCAGCACAGGGGCCAGCACUGCAGCGGGUUUGCAAACCGAGGCGGCCCCAACCGGGCCCACGCCUAGGAGGAGGGGGCGCUUCAAAGGGUUGAAUGGGCGCUACUUCCAGCAGCAGAAACCGGAGGGAGGGCUGCAAGGGGGAAUCAAGGCCAGCACCCAGCCCCCCACCCCAGAGGCUGCUGGGAAUCACGUGGAACCUCCCUCAGCCCCGGGAGCCACAGAGGCCUUGGGCAGUGGCCGGAACCGGAGCCCGUGGCCUGAUCUGACCAAUGAGGUGGAUGUGCCUGCAGCUGGUUUCCCUGGUGGCAGGAGCUCCCCAGAGCCCUGGCUGUGGCCCCCGACCCUCGUCCCACCCAGCAUCCCUGGCCUGGAGCUACAGAAAGCCAAGGGCCCCAGUGUGAGGCCAGCUAACCCUGCCCUGCCCUGGUCUCCCUCACAGGCCACUGUCCCUGCUCCCAGCUCCUCAGAGGGACCCAGCCCUGCCCCUUGGGAAGUGUCCGCCAUAGGCACGUCCCCAGACCUCCCUAUCGUGGCGAUGCUUCGUGCCCCUAAGGAGUGGCUCCUGCCACACCCUACAGCCAUCUCCACCGAGGCCAAUGGGGUCGAGGGGCAUGGUGAGGCUAUGGCCACUGCCCUGCUCUCCCCUGCCACAGAGAACAAGGUGUAUUCCCCGCCCCCCUCCUUGGGCCUGACAGGACAGGCUGGAGAGGUCAGGAGCAUGACACCCAGCUCUGAUGCCCCCAGGGAAGACUUUGGAGAAAUUAGGGAGACCAGCCCUACUCAACCCCCUAAAGCUGAGCACCCCAGGUCCAGCCCCUGGGCUUCUGUGGACAGCACUGUCAUGGCAGAUUCUGCCUCCACUGAGACUGCCACUGAGCCCAUGGGCAUCAGAGGCAUCUUGGGGUCUGAGUCUGGGGUCUUCAGCACAGCAGAGAGCCCCGCUCCCAGCUCUCCGGCUACUGUUGACGAGGUGCAGAGGCCCUGGCCCUCAUCUUACAGCAAAGGGCUGGAUGCAAGUUCUUUGUCUCCACCCUCGGGGGGCCCUGGAGUCCUCUCGGUGCCUGGAGUCACCUUGAGUUUGGAGCCUUGGGCUGCUACAGAUGAAAGAGCCACAGUGGGUCCCAAGGAGUCCACAGCCACAGUGGACCCCAGCGAUGCUGGUGGAAUUUGGGAACCUGGAUCCUGUGUGUCUGAAGGAGAUGAAAGUCCCACCUUGGCCCCUCAGGUGGCCUUGGAUACAAGCAUGGCGAUGUCCCUCACGUCCCUGGAUCAGGGGGACAAGGUUGGGGUCCUGGCCACGUCCACACUGGCCUCCUCCACCUCCCAACGCUUCCUAGAGCUUCGGCCGGAGGGCCAGGCGGAGGCCCAGGGAACACUGGGGGCUUCAGCCCUUCCGCAUCAGGGCAGCCCCCCGGGGAAACUGGGUCUUCCUCCUUGGACACCAACUGCAGCCAGCGUGGAUGAGGCUGCCUCAGUUUCCUCAGGGGAGCCCACAGUGCCAUGGGACUCCACUGGCACCCUGCUGCCCCUCUCCCUGGGCACAGAGGAGUUUGCGCUGGAGGUUCUGACCGGGAGCCCCUUCUGGGAGGAGGCGGCGAGUGGAGAAGAGCCAGCACUGCCAGGGACCCCUGCAGAUGGGAGCGCUGGGGACGUCCCUUCAGAUCCCUGUGAGAACAACCCCUGUCUGCAUGGGGGGACUUGUAACGCCAAUGGCACCAUGUACGGCUGUAGCUGUGACCAGGGCUUCGCUGGAGAGAACUGUGAGAUUGACAUGGACGACUGCGCGUGCAGUCCCUGCGAGAACGGCGGGACCUGUAUCGAUGAGGUCAAUGGCUUUGUCUGCCUUUGCCUUCCCAGUUACGGGGGUACCCUCUGUGAGAAAGACACGGAGGGCUGUGACCGUGGCUGGCACAAGUUCCAGGGCCACUGCUACCGCUAUUUUGCACACCGGCGGGCAUGGGAGGACGCCGAGAGGGACUGCCGCCGCCGAGCCGGCCAUCUGACCAGCGUCCACUCACCCGAGGAGCACAGCUUCAUUAACAGCUUUGGGCAUGAAAACACGUGGAUAGGACUGAACGACAGGAUCGUGGAGAGGGAUUUCCAGUGGACGGACAACACGGGGCUGCAAUACGAGAAUUGGCGGGAGAACCAGCCGGACAAUUUCUUCGCGGGUGGGGAGGACUGUGUCGUGAUGGUGGCGCAUGAGAGUGGGCGCUGGAAUGACGUCCCCUGCAACUACAACCUCCCCUAUGUCUGCAAGAAGGGCACAGUGCUAUGUGGCCCCCCUCCAGCAGUGGAGAACGCCUCGCUCAUUGGUGUCCGCAAGGCCAAAUACAAUGUCUAUGCCACGGUACGCUACCAGUGUGAGGAAGGAUUUGCCCAGCACCACGUGGCCACCAUCUGGUGCCGGAGCAAUGGCAAAUGGGACAGGCCCCAAAUUGUCUGCACCAAACCCAGACGGUCACAUCGGAUGCGGCGACACCAUCACCACCACCAACGCCACCACCAGCGUCAUCGCCACAAAUUGCGCAAAGAGCGCAGAAAACACAAGAGACACCCAGGAGAGAACUGGGAGAAGGACGAAGGGAAUUUCUGCUGA